CACCAAUUUGCAAAAGGAAAUACGGAGGGAAAGACGCUACGCUAAGAUCAAGGCUGGCGCGAAGCGAUGAUUCAUCAUUCCCUUCCAUGCAGCGAUACUCAGGGGCAGCCUUUCUGGCCCUAGCAGUGGCCCUGGUGGCUUCGUUCUCAACCCUGAACAUAUCUCACGCUCAGGUCGAGGGCGCACUUGAAGAAAACGUCACCAAGCUGCAGACGGAAGCAGCGAAGAACAUGGGCACCAUAGAACUGGAGCAUUCAUAUUCCAAGAGGUUUUAUCCAAAUAUCGGGUCGCAGCCCCUAGCUGGUCAGCUCUUCCAGAAGUUAUUCUUCGGUGUAAUCGACUACAAGUGUGCUCAGCCCAUUUUCCAGAGAUUCAAUAUGUCCAGCGUGCUCUCGGUCCUUUAUUUCACAGCCAAGGGUUCUGAGGACGAUGUACUCCACAGCGGCCAUUACGAGUUCAAAAAGCGGAAAGGGUUCAGCAUACGGAUAACGAUGUCUGACCUUGUGAACACGCAGUUUACGGUGUUUAUCGUGAUCUCUGGGCAUAUGUGGAACCAAAUUCGCAACACUCCGUACCCAAUGCCCGGCCGUGAUAGCCGCCUUGGCCUUAUCGCAGCAGUGUUUCAAAAUCAAUUCGGCCUGGAGACCUAG